AUGUUUCUUCCAUCAGUUUCACCUUGUAAUAAUACCACAAAUUUAAAUUAUUAUCAACAUUCCCCUUCAACAAAUAAUAUUCGAGAUAAUGCUGCUAAUUCACUAACAACAAAUAAUUGUUUAUUAAAACCUGGAAAGUUUCCUGUUCAAAAAGAAGAUAUUGUUGCUGCUUCAGCUUCUUCAUUUUCCUCUUCUCUUGGUAUGGAUACUCUUAGACAGAAAAAACGUUCUCGAUCACAACCUGGAAUUUCUCUUAUUUCCACAAAUCAACAAAAAUUAGAAAAAAAUUUAAUUCAACAAGAUGUUGAUUUUAUUGAAACAGAUUGUUGUUGUUUAGCAGAAACUAGCCAAACUAACGCUACGUUGCUUUGGUCUGCUUCAACAACAACUGAAGCAAAGGGGGAAAGAAAUUCAAUAAUUACAAUAUCUCCACAAAAUAAAAUUAAUAUAAAUGGAUUAAGUAAAAGUGUUGUUAUUAUUGAUAGAAGAAAAGGGGGAGGAAAUGAUAGAAGAAAUAAAGAUGAGGAAGAAGAAGAAAAUGGAAAUGGGGGAAGUUGUUGUUCACAAGAUAGCGGUGUAAGAAGCAGGUUAGGGAAAGAAAGAAAUAAUAAAAAGCAGAAUUUUCCGGAAUUAAUAAUUAAAAAUCAGAAUUUGUAA